UUGAGGCCCAAAUAGCCGACGUGAGCAGCAUUUGGUUUAGCACAAUUCCAAACCCAAGUAUUCAGCAAAAAGAAUUCCAAACCCAGCUAGUCAGUUCAUGCUAAAAAGCAUUAGAUUCUUCUGCCAAAUGCCAAGUAAAUGAAUUAGAGAUUAGCACUGGCGCCUUUACGCAUGAGAUAUGCAUGUGAAUGUGCUUCUUGAACCCUUCUGCAAGGACUUGUGCUCUUGGAGAAUUAGGCUGUUGAAAAUGGAGAAUUUUAGGAAAGUGGUUUUGUGCUUGAUUGUCAUUAUGAUGGGUAUAUUUUCCGCAAAUUGCAGAGACCCAGUACUCCACAGGAUUGGAGGUGGAAGAUACACUUGGGCACCCAACAUUAACUUCACAGAUUGGUCGAGCCGCGAGCAGUUCUUUGUGGGUGACUGGCUCUACUUUGGGUUUGAUAAGCACCUCUACAAUGUUUUGGAGGUGAACAAGACUAGCUAUGAAAAGUGCAUUGACAAAGGCUUCAUGAAGAAUAUCACAAGGGGCGGUCGCGAUGUGUUCAAUCUCACAGAGGCAAGACCAUAUUACUUCCUCAGCGGAAGAGGAUAUUGCUUCAAGGGAAUGAAAGUUGAAAUUCUGGUUCACAAUUACCAAGCCCCACCAGCAGUGCCAAUUGUAGUGCAUAAAACUUCAGACGCAGAUAUCGGCAGAAACAACAUUCAACUUGAGCUAAUAGCCACCGCACUAGUCUGGACUUUCCUCUUCAAAUACAUAUAAAUUCUGAGGAUUUCAAAGUAGCUUCAACCCACGAAGAAGCUCCCACCAAAUAGGAGUUGGCUCUUUGCUUUGUUGUGGAAACUCUUUACUUUUAUGGCAAACAUAUGAAUUAAAAUGAUCACCAUUUUCA